GUGUCAUGUCAUUCCGUAUUGCUUCCCAUCUUCGCCGACUGUAUUGUUAGAAGAAAACAUGAUUCUAUUUAAUUUUGCGUCAUUAGUGUCCUUUUUAUUAGUAUUAGAUGUUACAACAGCUUUAUAUUUUCAUAUAGCAGAAGGGGAGAGAAAAUGUUUUAUCGAGGAAAUACCUGACGACACAACUGUAAUUGUAAAUUAUAAGGUAGAGUUGUAUGAUCCUCGAUCAGGAGGUUUUAUGCCAUCGUCUCCUGGGAUUGGCAUGCACGUUGAAGUCCGCGACCCCAACGAUCGUAUAGUGCUUUCUCGAGUGUAUUCUUCUGAAGGAAUGAUAUCAUUUACUUCUGCAACACCCGGUGAACAUGUCAUAUGCAUGUAUUCAAACAGUACAUCUUGGUUCAGUGGAUCACAGCUAAGAGUGCAUUUAGACAUUCAAGUUGGUGAACAUGCAGUGGACUAUGCAAAUGUAGCACAAAAGGACAAGUUGACAGAAUUGCAAUUGAGGAUAAGACAGUUGCUUGAUCAAGUUCAUCAGAUCACUAAGGAGCAAAGUUAUCAGAGACACCGUGAGGAAAGAUUCAGACAGACAUCAGAAAGUACCAAUCAGAGAGUGUUAUGGUGGAGUUUGCUUCAAACCGGAGUCCUCAUAGGAAUAGGUUACUGGCAAAUGAGACAUCUUAAGAGCUUCUUCGAGGCUAAGAAAUUAGUUUAAAUCACAAUGUCCAUAGUCAUAAUAAAUAUUCUAUUUAUAUUUGAAAAGCAUUGACACCUUCAUCCUAAAAUAUUAUUUCAAUUUAUAUUUUCAUUUUACAGUAACAAAUAUGUUGUGAUAUGCAUUUUUAAUAAAAUGUGUUUCUAAAGGACAA